CCAAUGGGAGCAAACGGGGGCGCGGCAAGGAGCCGGAAGUGUUGUAAACAGCUAGCGUGGAAGCCGUGAUGAAUUUGCGUGAAGCUCAAAGUGAACUACGGCAUCUUUUGAGUAGAGUCGAACUUUCUCAGCUGCCGAAGUUGCUUGACUGGAUCCGAACUUCAGAUGAGCUGGAUGAGCUGUUGGUGGACAACAAUCAAGUCAUCCUGAGGUGCAUCGCUGAUGACAUCAGGGAGAGCCUACCACUGGAUGCCAUGCUGCCGUCUGAAGCCAACGCCCUGCACAAGAUGCAGUGCCACUCGUGUCUGUCUGUCCACGUUGAUGCCUUCCUGUACAGCGACAACCAUGUGGACGCCCUGUGCGAGGCGGGACGGAUGAGUCGAUGCUACUGUCUCAAGUGCGGAUCCCACAGCACGGCGCCUCUGGACUUUGUGUCGCACUCGUUCUCCAUGUGCGAGCUGCUCUUCUUGUUCCAAAACGUUCUGCCGGACCUGAGCGGCCGCGUGCUGGUGGACAUUGGGUCGCGGCUGGGCGCCGUGCUCUAUGGGGGCUUUGUGUACAGCGCGGCGUCCCGGCUUGUUGGCGUGGAGCUCGACGAGGAGUUUGUUCAACUGCAGAACAAGAUGGUUCUCAAGUACGGGAUGGAGGCCAGAGUCCAGAUUGUCCAUGCUGACGUGUGCACGCAGGAAGCUCUGCUGUGGACCGCCGACGUUGUGGUCAUGAACAACGUCUUUGAGUAUUUCCUGGAACCCGACCAGCAAGUCAGGGCCUGGAGGUUCAUCAUGCGGACGUUGCGGAAACAAGGUUCUCUGCUGGUGACGGUGCCCAGCCUGCACGACGCUCUCCACCCUCUGCGGGAGGCGCUACCGGCCGGCUGGGUGGAGGAGCUUCCUUUGGACUACCAUGUAUACGUGGGUAAAGACGCCGACCCAGAGGAUCUGCGACAGAUCCACCUGUAUAGGGUCUUAUGACCUGGACGUUCCUUGGACUAUUAUCUCGAAUGUUUGUGUCUCAAAUCAGCAAAAAUACAAAUGUUCAUGUUGAUAUCUGCGCAAAUAAUAUGUUGAUGCCUCUUUUGAUCUAGAUCAGGGUUGUCCAAACUCAAUUCCGGAGGGAGGGCUGCUGUCCUGCCUGUUUUCCCACACAUCCGCCUGUCCAUAUUUGCGUACUUGUAGAUUUAGUCUGAUCUGUCUUGUCAUUUAGAGCAGUGGUCUCCAACCCCAGGGUCGCGAACCAGUACCGGUCCAUGGAUCAUUUGGUACCGAGCCGCAGAAGAACGUAUAAGUAACUUUAUUUAUCUGAAUCUGAACGAUCUUUUAUUUUGAAAAAUUGACCGGAUUCUUCUACACCUUGUGACGUGAACAAAACAUAACAUUACUCAUGUUAUGUUGGUGGCUUGAUGUCAUGAGGACACUGCGAGUAAAGUUGCAUAGGUGUUCGCAUACAGAA